AUGGAUACCAGGUCGAAAAACCCUGAUAUAAGCUAUAUGACAAUCAUAUCAAUCACAGUACCAAUAACCGUUGCAGUGUUUACACUGAUAGCUUUUGCAUUCGUCUAUUUCUGUUUCUGUCGAAAAUCUGAAAGCGAAAAUGACGAUGAUAGUGAAGAGUCAGUACCAGCGAGUCUCGUUGAAAACGCCAAAAAAGCUGAGCCUCGUCCAAGCCAACGCGAUAAAUAUCUACCAGAGAACUAUGAUGCAGCUGCGUUCAAAUUCAAAGGACCACUUAUCAUUCCACAUCGACCACAGUUCACUGAUGUUCACGAGUUGGACGGUGACCCACCACGCCCGCAAUCAGCUGAUGAUCAUGUUGAGUUCGAUGCAGCACUAAAUGAAGUUGGCUUUUGA